AUGUCUCCCUCUGCCACUGUGCGGGGUUUUUUCCAACGUGGGAAUGGGAGCGUGGCCGCAAGGCAGGCAGCUUUCGCUUGGAUAAGAAACGCGAACCGAAGGGAGCGCAGCGCCCCCUUGUGGGCGCGAGGCUUCUUUUCGCCGCGGGCGGAAGCGGAAGCGUCUCUCUCGGUUUCCUGCCUGCCGCAGAGGAGAAGCGGCGAGUGUGCUGCCAUGUCGGAGUUGGCUCUGGAGGAGCUCUCCGCCGUCGCCGCUAUUUACUGCGGGAAGGGCGAAUGCGAAGUGCUGCGAGCAUCAGAGACUGAAGGAAUCUCAUUUAGGAUUCAAACCAGCGUGAGAGGACCUUUGCAGACAGAUAUAUUGUUAAAGCUGCUGUUUUCUUUACCAAUCAAUUACCCAUCAACCUUGCCGAAUAUCUCUGUCCACUCUGAGCAGCUUACAAGGACACAGUGUAUGGCAGUGAAAGAGAGCUUACUUGAAGAAGCAAAGAGACAUUUUUCACAACCCAUGGUACACGAGCUGAUUCUCUGGAUGCAAGAAAAUCUAAAGUACAUAGUUGAGCAAGUCGAAACUUCAGCCGGCAGUGGGGAAAGUAUGCUAUCAACAAAAGCAACCACAGACGAUGGUGUAUCGACUGUCCUUUUGCAUUUAGAUCACAUGAGAGCUAAAGGAAAAUAUGUCAAAACACUGGAAAAAUGGUGUGCAGAUCUAAGGCUUACUGGAAGAGUGAUGUUCAUGGGCAAGAUGAUUUUUAUUCUUCUUCAAGGAGUCAAGAGCAGCAUUAAGGAAUAUAUGAUUCUUCAGAAAACUAGCAAGGUAGAUGUGGACUCGACCGGGAAGAAAUGUAAAGAGAAAAUGAUUAGUGUACUCUUCAAAACAAAAGCCCAGGCAGAAGACAGAAGGUUCCAGACAUUUGAAGUCAAAGAGUAUUCAACGCUGGAUGAGUUACAAAAUGAAUUUGAGGCUGCGGGACUGGCAGAACUGUUCACAGAGUUUGUGCUGCCUCGGUUAAAAUAAUUUUGAAGCAAAUGCAUACGCCCGUGACUAAACUGUCAUUGAAUGUAUUGAAUGGUUGCUGAGAGAUGAUAAAAUGAAAGGUUUGGCGGCAAACAGCUCUAAAGCUUCUCUGUAGCGAAAUGUCAGAAAAAGCCAUCUCCUCCACAAGACACAAAAGAAAGCUCAAACAUUCUGAAGAGCUGAUAGUUUUGACUGUGUGCACUGACAACUUUUGCUGGGAACUGAGUUUGAACAGUUGAUAUUUAAGAAAUGUAGGUCAUAAGUAAAGGCGACGGGGAAAUCACUGUGUUCUUGUUGGAUUUGGGUGGAUCUCUUAUCUCUAA